GUGAUCUGAGAAUGUCAGAAGAUGAAGCAGACAUGCCUGUUGCUGAAUCCAGCAUAGGCAAGGCACUCAAAGAACAAUGUAAGCUGGACAAGGAUAUGCUGGGCAUGAUGAAGACAGAUGACAAAAAGAAAAGAUUCGACUUCCUGCUGAGUCAGACUGAACUGUUUGCUCAUUUUAUCAGUGGUGCCAAUAAACCACCCAAGAGUCCUAUCAAGCAAGUAGGAAGACCCAAGAAAGUGGAAGAACCAGAGACUCCAACUAGUGGAUCACACAGACACAGAAAAACUGAGAAACAAGAAGAUGAGGAGUUACUGGAAGAAACGAGAAGUUCCGCGAACGUAAUCACCAGAUUUGACAAGUCGCCACAUUAUAUUAAGUUUGGAGAAAUGAGGGAUUAUCAGGUUCGUGGACUGAACUGGCUGAUUUCUUUGUACGAAAAUGGACUAAACGGAAUCCUAGCCGACGAAAUGGGUCUAGGUAAAACACUCCAGACGAUCUCUCUGAUAGGCUACAUGAAGCACUUCCGUAACAUUUCCGGACACCUGGUGGUUGUUCCCAAGUCUACUCUUCAGAACUGGAAAAACGAGUUCAGCAGAUGGUGCCCCAGUAUUCGAACUGUGAUCCUGAUCGGUCUGGAGGAAGCUAGGAAAAAGAUAAUAGGGGUGGAGAUCAAGGGUGGAGACUGGGACGUCGUUAUCACAAGUUACGAGAUGUGUAUCAUUGAAAAGUCCUGUCUCAAGAAGUUCCUGUACAGAUACAUUGUUAUAGACGAGGCUCAUCGGAUUAAAAACGAAAAUUCCAAGUUAUCAAUGGUGAUGAGGACGUUCUCCUCGACCAACAGACUCCUUUUAACUGGUACUCCUUUACAAAACAAUCUCCAUGAGUUGUGGGCCCUCCUUAACUUCCUCCUUCCUGAUGUCUUCUCCUCCUCAGACGAUUUCGACGGAUGGUUCAAUUCUAACGAUUGUCUUGAGGACGGAAGCAUGGUCCAGAAACUUCACAACGUGCUGCGUCCCUUCCUCUUGCGGAGACUGAAGAGCGACGUGGAGAAGAGCUUACUGCCAAAGAAGCAGGUCAAGAUCUGGGUUGGGAUGAGUAAGAUGCAGCGAGAAUGGUACACAAAGGUGUUGAUGAAGGAUAUCGACACUAUCAACGGAGCAGGCAACUCAAACAAGACGAGGUUGUUGAACAUUCUCAUGCAGCUCAGAAAGUGUACUAACCAUCCUUAUCUGUUCGACGGUGCUGAACCAGGUCCUCCUUACACCACUGACAUGCAUCUGAUUACGAACUGUGGUAAACUACAAGUGUUGGAUAAGUUACUCUUUAAGCUGAAGGAGAGGGGUUCCAGAGUUCUCAUCUUCUCACAGAUGACAAGAUUGCUAGAUAUUCUGGAGGAUUACCUUAUCUGGAGAGGUUUCAAAUAUUUCCGACUUGACGGACAAACUGACCACGACGAGAGACAGGCUAACAUCGACAAGUUCAACGCUCCAGGAAGUGAAGUGUUCGUUUACAUCCUGUCUACAAGAGCUGGUGGUCUAGGUAUUAACCUGAUGACUGCUGACACUGUCGUUCUGUACGACAGCGAUUGGAACCCUCAGAUGGAUCUUCAAGCUCAGGAUAGAGCUCACAGGAUCGGACAAAAGAAACAGGUGAUGAUCUACAGGUUUGUAACAGAAAGUACGGUAGAGGAGAGGAUCAUAGAGAAAGCAGAGCGGAAACUAAAACUGGAUCAUCUCGUAAUCCAGCAGGGUCGUCUGGUGGACCCCAACACCAAGGUCAACAAAGAAGAGAUGUUAUCCUGGAUCCGAAGCGGAGCUGACUUCAUCUUCUCCGGGAAGGACAGCACAGUAACUGACGAGGAUAUAGAUGAGCUGAUAGGAAGAGGCGUGAAGAAGACAGAGGAGUUGAACCAACAGAUGGAGAGUAAAAGUGAGGAGAAUCUGAAGGGGUUCGCCAUGGAAGAGAACGAGUAUACUGUCUACAACUUCGAGGGAGUAGACUACAAACAGAAACAGAAAGUGUUUACUCACUGGAUAGAACCACCCAAACGCGAGAGGAAAGCUAACUAUCAUGUUGACUCUUACUUUAGAGACGCUUUGAGAACUUCAGAACCGAAAGCACCUAAAGCCCCACGACCACCUAAACAGCCAAGCAUACAAGAUUUCCAGUUCUUCCCUCCUCGACUUUUCGAACUGUUGGAUCAGGAGAUUUACUUCUACCGCCAACAAGUCAACUAUAAGGUGCCACUGAAUGUAGACCUGCCGAAGGAUGAAGCGAAGGCAGUUCAGAAGGAGGACCAGGAGAAGAUAGAUAACGCUCAGCCUCUCAAUGAGGAGCAACAAGCUGAGAAGGAUGCGUUACUAGAGGAGGGUUUCACCAUGUGGAACAAGAGAGAUUUCAACAACUUUAUAAAGGCCUGUGAGAAAUGGGGGAGGGAUGACGUGGAGAAUAUCGCUGAUGAUGUGGAGGGUAAAACACCCGAGGAGGUGAAAGCGUACAUGGAGGUGUUUUGGGAGAGGUGUAAUGAGUUACAGGAUCUGGAGAAGAUAAACAGUCAGAUAGAACGAGGAGAGGCGAAGAUAGAGAGAAGACAGAACACUCGACGUGCUCUGGAGGCUAAGAUGGCGAGGUACCGAGCACCAUUCCACCAGCUCAAGAUGCAGUACGGAACUAACAAAGGGAAACACUACAACGAGGAGGAAGACAGGUUCCUGGUUUGCAUGCUUUAUCAGCUGGGUAUUGACAAGGAGAACGUCUACGACGAGCUGAGGACUGAAGUUAGAAACGCUCCCCUCUUCAGAUUCGACUGGUUCUUAAAGUCCAGAACUGCAGCU